UCUUUUGCGAAUGUCUGACGAACUAGUAUAUUUCGUAGCGAAGUACACGAAACGGUAGAAAAGUGCGCAGUGUUUAUUAUAGUUUAUGAAAAAGAUUACAUUAUUUGUUAUAAUUCUACGUAUGCAAUUUUUUACUUGCAAAUGAAGUGGCAGUAUAAAGAAGAGCACCCUUUCGAAAAGCGUAGAGCCGAGGGGGAAAAAAUAAGAAAGAAAUAUCCUGAUCGAGUUGCUGUGAUUGUAGAAAAGGCCCCUAAAGCUCGUAUUGGUGACCUGGAUAAGAAAAAAUACCUGGUGCCCUCCGACCUUACAGUUGGACAGUUUUACUUCCUAAUUCGAAAGCGAAUUCAUCUUCGACCAGAAGAUGCAUUGUUUUUCUUUGUCAACAAUGUAAUUCCUCCUACUAGUGCAACAAUGGGUUCCUUAUAUCAGGAACACCAUGAAGAGGAUUUCUUCUUGUACAUAGCUUACAGUGAUGAGAGUGUCUAUGGAAAAUUUUAGGAAAGGAGGUUGCAAAAUUAUCUGUGUGUGCGUGUCAAAAUUCUAUAUCAUUAUUUAUCAAGUAGAACAGGCCUUUAUAAAAUCAAAGGAAAGAGAAAAAUAUAAUUAUACUUUUAGUUAUUAUUAACAAUCUGAAUUAUGAAAUUUGGUCAGCUGAUAUGUACCUACAAAAUAAUAUACACAAGGUAAUAGAUAACACUGUAGACUCUCUAACUCUGAAAAUUAACAUCUUCAACCAGUAUUUUCUUGCUUGUUUGGUGUGUACACAUAACUUGUCAUAGUGCUUUUCCUUUUCCUUUUUUAGCACUUUUCUGGAAUAUAGUGUGUUAUUUAUUUUCCGAGUAUCUUUGGUAUAUUUUGUACAUAAACAUUGUGUAGGUAUUGGGAUGUUUUAUAAACUUUCUUAAAGAUAAUCCUAUAACAAGUUUUCAUAUUAAGAGAGGUAUGCAUUGGUCAUUUAAUGAUAGUGUAGCUGGUCAGUAGUAUUGAAACUAGAUCUUAAAGUAGAAAUGUUCUUUUUUUGUAUUUCUGGGUAAAAUAAUACUUGACUGGCAUUUGUACCAGGGAUUAUAUACUAUGGUCCUUGAGUUAGUUUAACUUUAUGAAUUUUUUAGUUAUAUAUUGCUAGUAGUGCAUACUUUAUCAUAAUUGUAAGAUUGUUUUGUUGUGUAAAUGCACUUUGGUAAGUACAAGAUGAAAACAAAGUCGCAUGCACAUGGUGAUGAUACUUUUGAAUAAGGUCAAGCUCUAGGCUUACAGAAUGAUGUUGUAGAUGCGUGCAUACCAAUUAAUAAUGAUGAUAGAGGAUAUUUGGUUGGAUAUAUAUAGUUUUCAGUUUGUAAUAAAGAUUUUAAGACCAGAAAUAUUUUCAUUAUUCUGCACAUGUUUAAGAAAAUAUUAAUAGAUUGUACAUCACAAGAUAAAAUACUGUGAAACAACAGUAAAGAUAUAGAUUACAGGUACUUGAGUAUGUAAAGUCAAAAAAUUUAUAGGUGAUAUAUUUUGCUAACCUAUAGGUACACAUUGGUUUAAAACAUUAAUUUCUGUUUUGUAUUAAUACAGGUUACAAACCUAAGCUCUCUAAAGUAUUAAGAGGUUUUAUUCUGUCCUAAACUUAACUUCUUACUAAAGAUCAUUUACACUUCUCCCUUAAUUAUAAAAUAACAUUAUUCUGGAGAGGUGGUGCUGUAAAAAUACUUUACUCCGUAGCAGGUUGUCACUAAUUCUGACAAAUAAUAUUCCAUAAUUUUUAAUAAUCUAGGGAAUUACUAACAGAACUUUAAAUUUUCCAUGUGUCUGAGAUGUCAUAUUUGUAAAAUAUGCAAUGCCACAAUUUAGUAACUUCAGGGCUUGUUAUUGAUGAAGUUGGCAAGAUUACUUAUGAUUCUCUUUGAAAACCUCCAGGACUUAUAUUUGUGUGUAUUUUCAUGAGAAAUCAACACUUUUCUACAGUGGAGAGCUAAUACCAAAAUUUAUUGUGAUAACAGUCGAUACAAAUUCCUGUCAACAGCCCUCAACUAUUGACUAGUAUACAUGAACAAAUUACUUAUUAAAAGUACAAAGUUUGAUUCAGUUACAAAAGUAAUCAAAUAAAACUUUUGUAUUAAUUUAAAACUAUCUUUGGUUUAAGAUUAAAGGUUGUUUUAUAGUUAUAAAAAAAAUUAAAAUAUUCAACAAAACAUAGAGAAGCUUGUUGAACUGGGAACUUAGAUUCUCCUGCACUUCCCUACAAACAUAUAAACUCAUAAUAUUAAGCAACUUAUUUUCUUUAACACCACUGUUGGAAAUUUACAUUCAACUUUUUUUUUGUAGAAUGUAGUGUAUUAAAAAAAACCAGUGAAGCAGUAUUUUUCAUCACUAAUUAUGAAGCACUUCUACAGUGAAUUUUGAUUUCAGAUAGAAUGACAGCUUUAUCCCUCCAUAUAUUUUGUUAGCAAAAAUGCACCUAAAAAUACUGGCUUAUUAUGAUACUUACGCCUACAUGCUGGUAUAUGGCUCUACUAUCUUUAUUCAAUUUAGCCCACUAUAGUCACUGAUUAUCCUAAUUGAAAUAGUACUGAAAACUUCUGUGAAAUUUAAUUCAAACUUAAGAAACAUGUUUCUUUGUAGUUUUCUGUAAUUCCUCUUCCCUUAUCAAUGGUUAACAGUGAAUGAUUUUAACAUUUUACAUUAAUGUCAACCAGUGACGUAAAAUAUGCAAACUGUAUCUUCAUGUCUAAAUAACACAACAUUUCAUAUAAUUGUUAAAGGUAUCAAAAAACUAGUAUCUCAGCUAACAACUGUAUGAAGCCUAGGGCUCCCUGAACAUGAACACACAUGCCUCUCUCUAGAACAGUGGUUCUCAAACUGAUGCAAGGCAUGGGAAUGUUUAUGAGGAAAUAAAUAAAAAAAAAAAUACAUCUGCAUUUAAUAAAUUGAGGUAAGUCUCACUGCUGGCAUGCUACUUUUCUGCACUGGUUUCUAUCAAUAACAAACAAGUAGAAGGUGAUCUCAUGAUAUUUAUCACAAACACUAAAACCUGGAUGAAACUGUCCUGCUGCAAUAAAUAGAUACAUGCUUCUACUAGUGGGUAAGAUACAUCUCACAUGAAAUUUACAUUACUGUACAGUUAUAUGUAUGUCUGUUUGAACCUGUGCUGCACUAUAACAUUAAAUACUGGCAUAUAGGAUGUUUUUAGUAAAACAAGAAUUUUUACACCUGGGUGGUUGACCCAGUCAACAACCAUAUAGGACAAGCAUGUUCUGUGAUGACGAUUCAGAUUAUGAUUCCAGUGUCCGAACCACCAGGCCGAGGAAAGAGAUUAUCAUAUAAUAAGUUUGAGAUCCAUUGUUCUAGAACAUUGCCAUGAAAACUUAUAUGGGUCACAUACCUUUGUUUUUGAACUGAAAAAUAUUAACCACAAGUUUAACACUGCCGUGAAGAAAAGAUAUUCCCCUUCAAACUUACCAAAAUCAAACAGCUUCUGCUAAGUUAUGAAAUAUUAUAAAACGUGUCCUUUUUUUUUUGUCUAUUUAAAACUAAACUUGGCACUGGAAGAGUAUCUAUAAAGGUGGCAGUCAUAGUGUUACAACUAUGCAUCUGAGACAACAUAAAUGUUUAUGAUAGACUAUUGUAAUACUUCAACAUAGCAUAAAUGAAUUGUUCUUUGAAGGUUUUCUAAUCAACCCUGAGAAGGAUUUUAAACAUUAAUCAAUGUAAAGUGUGCAGUAGAAGUAUUAUUCAGGAAGAUAUCUAUUAAUAAUUUAAAAACUUUUCAAGCUGCACAGAUUUUGUAAAUUUCACAAUAUAUGAUAUAUAUUAACCUCAUUAUACAAAAGUUAAUCAUUAUAUUUAAACAUGUAAAAUUGAAAAGAAGAAUCACAACUUAAGAAAUCAAAUAACUCAAGCACUUAAAAAAACUUUAAAUUACACUUCACCAAAUAAUUAGUUUGGUACACUAUAAGUUGAUUUUUCAUUUUCAUUGUCUUUUAAUAACCUGUAACUUAAAAAAAGAAAGAAAAUGCAUCUGUUUGAGUUACUCAACAGUAACCCUAAAAUAUAUAGCAGAUAGUAAUCGGACGGUUUUGUUUUGGAUGGAUGUCAAUAUCUGUCUGACCAGUUUGAAAAAAGCUACUUUAUUAUAAGUAAUAUUCAUGGUUCCCAUACCUUUGGCUGAAUGAAAUUUCCUGAUCAAAAUAUGUUAUUUCCUGACCAUUUGAGCUGAGCUUAUAAGGUAUCAUUGAAUUAUUACAUAUAAUAUAUGAAACUGUAAAACAUUAUUCAUAUAUUGUUCAAUAAAGACAAGAUAGACUUUGUUAA